CAUAAUCAACUGUCGAUAGUAUCUUCUUCUCUGUCAGGAUGGCAGACCCCAACACUAAACAGAUGCUACAGAAAAGGUAAUAUUUGUACUAAUUUAGCCACAAGGUUAUAUUAAUAUGCACAUUUUCUGGAACAAUGUUGCUAGCCAACCAACUAAGAUGUCAAUGUAUUUUUCUGGCUGGCAAUGCUUGCUAGCAAAGAAGCAACACCCGGUAAUGUUGUUAGCUAUUCAGCUAGCUAGCUAGCCAGUGCCAUGCCUCAGUAAUAUCAAAGACGAUAGAACAUCUCCGGUAAUAUUCAGUUGUGUGCUUUAACAGAGAUAGAUACGUCUCUGGCCUUAAGUGACGUGUUGUUAGUUUGUUGCUUAGCAAACGUAAUGAAUGUAUCGUAUCUUUUAAUAGCUAACAUUAGCUAACAUCUGACGGUCAGCUGGGGCCUCGUUUAUAAACCGUUCGUACAUACAAAAUAUACCCCAAAAGUUGAAUGCGCCAGUUUUUCAUACAAAAGUUGGCAUUUAUAAAAAUUGAACUUGACGUGAGAAUGUGCUCGCCUCACCGCAAACCUUAGACCAUGCUGUAUGCACAUCUGCUAGUGGUUGAAAUAUUGUAUUACAAACUGGCAAAUACAUAUUUUGAUGAAAAGCUUACGUCACAAAAAACAGGAAACAUAUUAACAAGAAUGCAGCCAUUUGCCGUUAGUGAUAAGAGUGUUUCUUUUUAGAAUCUAAAAUAGACAGGAAUCUUAUAAUUACACAAAGGAAUAUUUUUCCUAUUUAUUUUAUUUUCACAACCAUAGAGUACCACAGUAUGAGUCAUAAUACCCAUAAAACCUAGCAGUCAAACAGGGAAAUGGUUCCAAUUGUUUUUCCACCAUUCAUUUUUCCCAUAGGGGAUUUUAGAAAUACUUAAAGUAAGGGCUGUGUUUCGUGUAGGCUUACCCUGGCAUGACGUUUUUAUAACCGUGUAAAUCUCUCUAGGACAAGGUGACUUUUAUCAAUAUAUUCGCCCCGUAUUUACCCCCCAAAAAUGAAAUACUAAUUAGCUGCUAAUGCGGCUAUCAUAAAGAACUACAAAUGCCAUGAUGGCCUGGUCCAGACUGCCGAACCAAGGCAAAGGUAAGAAUCUCAAGAAAUGUUAGCUAAAUGUAGUAAUGAAUAAAUUGGCAAAAUGUAUUUAAAUGGACAAUUCUGUGAACUGUCUUGUGCACGUUUUAAAUUGACACAAUACCUGUUAGCAAAGGCGUCGGCUAGAGAUGAUGUGCAGGAGCUUGCAGGGAUUUGUAGUUUUGCAUGAUGUCUACUUUGAUGCUAAUUAGCAUUUUCAAAUCUGAGAGUAAAUAGAGCCAAAUAUAUUGAUACAAGUCACCUUGUCCAAGAGAGAUUUACAUGGUUAUCAAAACGUCACACCAGGGUAAGCCUACACGAUACACAGCCCUUAUUUGAAGUGUUUCUAAAAUCCCCUAUGGGAAAAAUGUAAUGGUGGAAAAAUGAUUGGAACCAUUUCCCUGUUUGACUGCUAGGUUUUAUGACACCUCCACUGUGGGGCUCUAUUGCUAAAUAUAUUGCUCACCUUUGAAUGGAGGGCGUUUUCCAGGCAGAGUUUUAAUGCUCGUUUACGUGCACAAAGUUUUACGACAGGUCUGAUUUUAUAACGGGAAACAUGCGUAUGUAUCGCUUUCGCCAAGUUUAUAAAUCUCAAUAUCUUCAGAAAUGGCACAAGCAGAAAUGUUGUGUUAAAUUAAUGCAACGGUUAUAAAUGAGGCCCCUGAUGAUCAAGUGGUUAUGUUAGCUAGCUAGCUAAGUUAGCCGGCUGCUAGCCAUUGCGGUUUUGCUAGCUACAGUAACGUUAGCUCAUCAAAUAAGAAGGCUAAAUCAUUGCCAUCUUGGAGAUAAGUCUGACUAAUGUUGCCAUGACUUUGCCUGGCUACCCAAACUCCUUGCUCAUUGCUACGCCACGCCCACGGACGUUAGUUUCUCUCCGCAAUGGUCGAGUUUGUUUUGCAUGGCCUGGUGCCACAGCUGGGUAGAUUUGGUCAUUUUGGACCAUUCCAUUGGUCCUUAAGUGAAAUCUCCACCCACUCGGGGCACCGGGUCAUGCAAAACUAACCUCACCAUUGAUUCUGGAUCUGAGUACCUCCCUGACGAAUUCUAGAAUGGAAAUCCACUCUAGACGUCUGAUUGGUCCCAGAAAACCGAUGGGAUUUCUGGGACCCAUCGCAGAACACGUGGGUAAAGCGGCGUUUUGGAAAAAAAUCCUCAUUGGCUUUGAUACUCCCAAUUGGUUAGAGAUGAUCCAAUCGCUGAUUACUUUUUGUACACAUCCCCUCAUAUUGACGUCACCACAAACGACUUUAAAUUAUGGCAGACGAUAGAGCAGCGGGAAAUAAUUCAGUUUGAGUCGUCAGGCAAGCCAUGACUAGCUACCAUCACAAUUUCAUGUAUUUUCUGCCAACUCUUGCAGUGCCAACAUUGCUGCUGGAGCAGUUGUGUGUGUAGAAAGUGAAAUAAGAGGAGAUGUGACCAUCGGUAAGACUUUAGUCACACUCUAUACUGUUUUAUCCAUUUUCUUCCAAAUCAGAAUAAGCACGCUCCCUGUGCUGUGUCGCAUUAUAGAUGCGUAUCAACCGUCUAUUCCUUCCGGCAGGUCCAAGAACAGUGGUCCACCCCAAAGCACGUAUUAUAGCUGAGGCAGGCCCUAUAAUCAUUGGAGAAGGUAACCUGAUCGAGGAACAGGCCCUGAUCAUUAACAGGUAGGUCACAACUGCAGUUAGCUGUGUAUCCAUACGUCCAAGUCAGUUUUAACACGCUCUUUUUAUUCCUCUACAUUUUGCCUCUGAUCUUUUAGUUAUCCAGAAAAUAUUAUGCCUGACACUGAAGGGGUUGAACCCAAGACCAUGACGAUUGGAAUCAACAAUGUGUUUGAAGUCGGUUGUGGUAUCCUUCUACUGCGCGUGAUCACAAUGACCGGUUGUUGUGGACCAUUUGCUCAAGGAAACUAGUGUGAUGUUAUUGCUUUUUUUUAAAUGAGGGACAUCUCCUAAAGGCUAGUUUAACUAAUGUCUAUACAAGAGGAAAAAUAACAAAGUAUUGUAAUGACAUGUUGAUUUUGUGUUAUCUCCCAAUGAUUUUUGGAGCAGUUGAAGAAAAUGUCUGACACUCAUCACCUUUAACCUUUAACCCUCAACCAACUUCUCAUGUUUAACCCUCAACCAAUUUCUUAAGUCUCUCAAGCAUUGAAAAUUGGGGACAACAAUGUAAUCGAGUCAAAAGGUAUGGUACUGUAUGUGACGGCAAAAAUAUGCUUAUAAAACGCAUGGUGCCCAUACGUAAGCCAUUAAAUGAUGCACCCUCCUGCUGUUAUUUGGAAGCCAUUUUGAAUGCAGUCUGUAUGAUGACGAAACACCCCUCGCUUUCUGUCCCAGCGGACCUAGGGAAGAACGUCAUUCUCACCAGUGGCUGUAUCGUCGGCGCUUGUUGCCAGGUGAACACGUGCGAGGUCAUUCCCGAGAACACAGUCAUCUACGGGUCCAACUGCAUGAGGCGUGUGCAGACAGAAAGGCCUCAGGUUUGUCCCUGCCAUUAAUUCCACCUAGCUCCUCAGUAAGGAAUAUACUAGACAAAUGAUGUUUGAGUCAUUUAUCCAGAGUGGCUUACAGGAGCAGUUAGGGUUAAGUGACAAGUGACGUUUUUUUUUUUCACCUAGUCGGCUCGGUUAUUCAAACCAGCGGCCUUUCGGUUACUGGCCCGUCGCUCUUACCCGCUAGGCUACCUGCUUACCCCAUGUGCCAGUGUCCAUACUAUAAUACCACUGAGAAUGCUAGCCCAAUACAUCACGUUAUUCUUAAUGGUAUGCCAGCGUGGUACAGAAACCUAUAGUAUUAAGUGACUGUGGUAAAGGACACCAACAAAAUAUUUGUAUUCUCCGUCCAAUGCUAGUGGUUGCAUUAAUAUUGUCAUCAGGGGAUAGCUAAUCCAUUUUAUGAUUAAAAUGCUUAGGAUUUAUUUUGUCUUCUAAUAUUGUAAUCUCUGACAGCUGAUUUUAAAAUGUUGUAAAUUGUUCUAACAAAAAUGUAUCUUCCAGCCUCAGACGCUCCAGCUAGAUUUCCUCAUGAAGAUCCUGCCCAACUACCAUCACAUGAAGAAGACUGCCAAAGGAACCUCCACCCCUGUCAGAAACUAACCUCUGACUAACCGAAGAUCAGCAUUCCCUGACGCUCACCAGACCUUAACAAUGAAAGGUGUAGAGACUGAACUUGUCCUACACCAGUUGUCCUACACCUGUUGUCCUACACCAGUGGUCCUAUACCAGUGGUCCUACACCAGUGGUCCUAUACCAGUGGUCCUAGACCGCAUAAGAAGUAGUUUCUCUCCUCUGAGGCAUGAGAGCACAUUUCUAGCUUUUCUCACUUCCCAAUCAUAAGAGAGAGCCCAUAUUCAGCACUCCAUUGGGUCAUUAGCUAAACCAAUAGUAAAACAGUUCCUGGUUUUCUUUCAUAUUCGUCUAUUAUCUUGCUCUUUUUUUAUUGUAGAUUAUUAUUUUUUUUGUCUGUUCAAAUGUCAUAUGUUGUUUUUCUGUCUUAAAUUGAGCAGAUUCUGUUUUUAUGUUAAUAUAUAAAGGAUAUUUUUCAGCUUUGGUUGUUGUGAAAUAUAAAGCAAUUCAAAAGAAAC